AUGGCUAGCUCCAACGAUUUGCGGCAGCUCAUACGGAACUCGUACGAGUGCAUGCGGAAAAUUCUGGAGCUGGACACGCAGUCGACGCUGACCAACUUCAAUGUGAUGGAAACGCUCAACAACUCGACGAUCCUCCGGUAUAGAGAGCUGGAGCCUUAUCUGGACAGUCUUGAGUCCGAGACGUCCCAAAUCCAGGCGCUGGAUCAGGAACUGGCCAAAACCAAACCGCAACUAGAACAGUUGGAAGAGCGCACCAGAAAGCUCGCCUUGCUGGUGGAGCAAAUGGACGAAUGGUCUGCGGAGUUGGAGGUCAAAAGCCGACGGUACACGCGAAAGUGA